AACGCUGGUAAGGCAAACAUGACCCAACUAACUCCACGAACAACACAGCGACAAGGGGACAGGACAGCGAGUGAUCCCGUACCGACUCCGCACACGUUGACGAAUCGGGGGCUCUCCCUUCUUCCCUUUGUGCAACCAAUCCCAAUCUCCGUGCGGAUUUAAUCAGAGCACCGCGGAGAUCGGGAUCAGCCAAAGCUACCGCGCGCAAUGGCGUCACCGGCGAACGGAGCGCUGGAGCGGUACAAAAACGCCAUCACGGCGGCCACGUCCGUGGUGGGCGCGGCCAUGCUGCUGCGCCGCCUCGUCGCCGACCUCCUCCCGGCCGGCGCGCCGCCCCUGGUCGGCGCGCUGCUUCUCCUGCCGCCGCCCUCCGCCCGGCGCCACGCCGUGGUCAUCGAGGAGUUCGACGGCGCCUUCUACAACCGCGUCUUCCUCGCGGCCAGGGCGUACGUCUCCACGCUCCUCGCCGCGGCGCCGACCGGCGCGCCGUCCGUGGUCAAGGCCAGCCUGCCGCGCGGCGCCGGCGCGGAGCAGAUCACGCUUGCCAUGCGCCCCGGCACGGCCGUCGUCGACGUGUUCCGCGGGGCGGAGCUGACGUGGCGCCUCAGAGGCGGCGGCGGUCGGCGUCGGGCGGACGGCAGCGCCGGGGAGGCGUUCAGGCUCAACUUCGACGCGCGGCACAAGGACGUGGCGCUCGGCGCGUACCUGCCGUUCGUCAUGGCCCGCGUCGAGGCCAUGGCGCGGGAGCAGAGGCAGGCCAAGCUGUACAGCAACGAGUGGGGCAAGUGGCGGCCCGUGAGGCUCCGUAACGCCUCCACGUUCGCGACGCUGGCCAUGGACGCCGCGCUGCGGCAGGACGUGGUGGACGACCUGGACAGGUUCCUGGGCCGGAAGGGGUACUACGAGCGCACGGGGCGGGCGUGGAAGAGAGGCUACCUCAUCCACGGCCCGCCCGGGACCGGCAAGUCCAGCCUCGUCGCCGCGAUCUCCAACCAACUCCACUUCGACGUCUAUGACCUCGACCUCGGCGCCGUCCGGUCCAACACCGAGCUCAGGAAGCUGCUGAUCCGGAUGAAGAACAGGUCCAUACUGCUGGUUGAGGACGUCGACUGCGCCUUGGCUGCGGCGCCGCGGAGGGAAGCUGACGGAGGCUCCGAUGGGAGCCGCCCAGCUUCCAAGCACCACAAGGUCACCCUGUCCGGGCUUCUCAACAUGGUGGACGGGCUCUGGUCGAGCAGCGGCCACGAGCGCAUCCUCAUCUUCACCACCAACCACAUGGACCGGCUCGACCCGGCGCUGCUCCGGCCGGGCCGGAUGGACAAGCACAUCCACAUGGGCUACUGCGGCUCCGGCGCCUUCAGGCAGCUCGCGGCCACGUACCACGGCGUCGACGACCACCCCCUGUUCCCGGAGAUCGAGGCGCUGCUGCGGGAGGUGGACGCGGCGCCCGCGGAGCUCGCGGAGAGGCUGCUGGCGACGGACGACGCCGGCGCCGCUCUCGAGUCGGCCGCGAGGCUGCUGAGGGACCGGAAGGCCGGGGUCGAGGAGGACGGCGGUGGGUACGUCAAGCAGAAGCUGCACGUGGGGCCGAGGCGCCCCCGCCCGCGCCCGGUGCCGGCGCCGGCGCCUGGGCGUGGCGCGAGUGCCGCGAGACGGGUGGUGUUGGACGAGGAGAUCCUGCUGGGUGUCUCGCGGCGGCAGGGGCGCGGGUCGGGGCGGCGCGGCCGCGGUGCUGGAGUGCGCGCACCAGGACGGGGACGACGGUAGACCCGCCGCUCGCGUACGUUCCAAGUCGAAGUAAAAACACUACUGUAUUAUGGCCAAGGUUUUAAAUUAAUGGCUAAGUCAUUUAACGGCAGGGUUGCCUAUAGCGGUUUUAGCGGACUAAAUGCCAUUACUCUUCCUAGCAGGUAUAGAUGUCUAUAGCGGUAGUUAUAGUCGACUAUUUAAAAUCUUAAUUAUGGCUGUGGUUAGAUAUAGACAUUGAGAUCUCAUAAUAUACAAGUUCAUCUGUUCCAAACUAUUAGUGUUUUCAAUCUAAAUGUAUAUUUUUUACUAUGCAUCUACAACAUUUGAAAUAGACCACUGAUGUUCUUCUUA